AUGGCCACAUUCAAAACUAAAAUUGAUAUUAUUCACAGGAUCGAAAAUUGUGAGGUGUGUGGUGGAAAUAAAGCAAAAUACACGUGUCCAAAAUGUGAGGUUAGAACUUGUUGUCUUCAGUGUGUAAACAUUCAUAAAAAAGAAUUGGAAUGUGACGGUAUUCGAGACAAAACAAAAUUUAUACCGUUAAAAUCAUUCACAGAUUUGGAUGUUUUAAGUGAUUAUAGGCUUCUUGAAGAAGUUGGUAGAACGGUUGAACUACUGAAAAGAGAUCCAUUAAAAAAAUGUACACGUCAACUUAAUCUACCAAUGCAUCUGAAUAAACUAAAAACAGCUACAUUUAAGAGGAAUGUUAAUUUGCAAUUCAUGCCACAACAUUUUAGUAGACACAAAAAUAAUACAACAUAUUUAAAUUGGAAAACUAGUGAAUUAUAUUGGAGAAUAGAAUGGAUUUUUCCUCAAGCAGACUGCACAAAAUGGGUCACAGAAAGGGCUCUAGAAUCCACAAGAUUAUCACUGCUUAUAGAAGAGAUCUUAGAUCCCACUAAAUCUGUAGGAAAUAAAAGUGAUAUAGAGGAAUUAAAUUUAAGAAUACGUUUAAAUGAGAGACUACAAUUUUAUCAGGCUGCAGGUUUAUCUGGUAUAAAAGUUCUUUUAAAGGCAGAGAAAGUUGUAAAAUCAGACUUAAGGUUUUAUGAAUUGGAUAUUAGGCUUUCUUUAAAGGAAAAUUUAGAAAAUAAAACCAUAAUUGAAUUUCCAACAAUAUAUAUAAUUCUAAAGGAUCAUUCAUAUAUGUAUGAAAUUAUAGAUACUGAUGACGAAGAUACAAAUGCUUCAAAAUAUAAAGCUAAUAAUCACAAUGCAUCAAGGAGGAGGAAAAGAACAUACAAUCAGGCAAAUAUGAAGGGAAAAACAAAUUCGACUGUAAAUUAUUUUUUUAAUUCUGAAUUCUCAGAAUCCGACGAGGAAAAAUCAAAUGAUGAUCGAGAAAACAAGUGUUUAUCAAAUUUCAAUAUACCCGAUUAUGAUGAAUUAGUUAGAAUGUAACAAUAAUACAACACUAGGUAUUUUGUACAUAUAAAAAUUUUUUUAAGUAAGUUACGGUGAUUUUCCUCGCGUAAAUUUAGAUGGAUAUACAAAUUCAAUUCUUUUUAUUGUAAGUACGAUAUUUCAAUAGACUGAUUCAACUGAAUCACGUAUACAUAGAAUAA